AUGGUGCAGGAUUCAUUGGCAAACAGCGGGAUUAAGUGGAAAUUCAUCCCACCAUCUGCUCCUCACUUUGGCGGCAUGUUGGAGUCCAAUAUCAAGUCAGCAAAAUCUCUCAUGAAGAAAGCUGUUGGGACUCAAAGUCUCACCUAUGAAGAGUUGUUCACUCUCGCUACAGAGAUUGAAGCAUGCAAGAACUCUCGGCUUCUGCUUCCAAUCACGGGCGACCCCGAAGAUCUCCAUGUCUCAACUCCUGGUCAUGCUCUCGUAGGCAGAACAUUGGAACAAAUUCCCAGAGCAAUAACCCCUGAUAAGGAACUAAAAAAGGUCACCCACUGGAGUCUUGUCUAA